GGUUAAAUGAAUAGUGCGUUACUACAUGAGUUUGUGACUUCUUCCAUACCGUGUUAUAAAGAUUAAAGACUGUUCCUAACAGUUUAUUUAAUAUCUGAAUCGUCUUACAGAAUGAAUUUCUAGUGACAAUGACUUCAGAAAAUUUUAAUCGGUUACUUUCUCAACAGGCUUCUGACAUUGAAGCUACUGAACGAGAAAUUACCAAGUUAGAAAAAUUUAAGUCAGAUUAUGAAUCUGUAAGCAAUAAAAUUCAAGAGCUGCAGAAAUCAGUUUAUAAAGAAGCAUAUAUCCCAUUCAGUCGUAAAGCAUUAGUUCGAGGUCGUCUAAUCCAUACAAAUGAAUUGUUGGUUUAUCUUGGUGGGACAGAUGAUUAUUUUGCUGAAUUAUCAGUCUACGAAACAGUUCAACUUCUCAGUCGUCGUAUAAAGCAAUUAGAAGUGAAAUUAGAUGGAUUAAAUAAACAAAAAACGCUGUUAAGUGAUAGAAUUGCUUAUACAAAAGGUUUGGUUUCACAAAAAUCAGUUUCUGUAUCAAAGAAUUCUAGUAAUCCGUCAACAAUUGAUCCUAUUUCAGAAUCUUUUGAAAAUGAAAAAGAAAUCGAAAUCAGGGAGGAGUACGAUUCAGAUGCUGAGAUUGAAUGGAAAAAGAAACAUUCUCUUAGUCGAAAACAGGAACGCCUUAAAAAUGCAUCACAGUCCUCUCCGGUGCUUACUACUCGUAAAGUUUCUUUCGAUCUAUCAGAUCAAGUUUUUGAAGAUAAAACUUCCGAUUCAGAAAAAUCACCUACUUCUGAGUCUGAAUUUGAAGAUAAUAACCUAUCGACUAUAUAUUUUAAACAUUCAGAUAUACCUUCAUUAGUCCCAAGAAAGAAAGUUGUCGACCUUUCUACUCUAACUGUUGCAGAAGCUGUGAAUUUCGCCGAUGAGCUGUGUAAAAUACAAGGUGAUAGUAAAAUACUUUCAGUAGAACCAUUCGGUGAUAUAUGUGAACGAGUACCAACUGCGCCCACAGAGCCAAAUACUUCUUCGUCUACUGUAAACACUGAGAAAAAACGAUGUUCCCAGUUUCGUUCAUCUCGUAUGAGAGAUUCUAAACUUUCAUGAGUCUUCAGGUUUCUUCAAUGUUAUCGAUUGUACAUUGUAAAAAUUCACAAGAUUCUUAUUUUUUUUAUUGCAUCAUGACUUAUUUACAGCCUUAAAAAAUAGAAACAUAUGAUUUUGUUCAG